ACGUUGCCGAUCUAUUGAAUACCAUAUGAGGUGAUACAUUGACUAAAUAGAGGUAUAUAAGCCGCCCGUCUGGACCGGUGCAGUCAGCUUACAGAACAAAGUGGUGAUACACGUCUCAUAUCUUUCUGCCAAAAUGUGUGACGAAGAUGUUGCUGCGUUGGUUAUCGACAACGGCUCCGGCAUGUGUAAGGCUGGGUUCGCCGGUGAUGAUGCCCCAAGAGCUGUCUUCCCCUCCAUCGUGGGCCGCCCACGACAUCAGGGUGUGAUGGUCGGUAUGGGACAGAAAGACAGCUACGUCGGUGACGAAGCUCAGUCCAAGAGAGGUAUCCUCACACUGAAGUAUCCUAUCGAGCACGGAAUCGUCACCAACUGGGACGACAUGGAGAAGAUCUGGCAUCACACUUUUUACAACGAGCUCCGUGUGGCUCCAGAGGAGCAUCCCGUUCUCCUGACAGAGGCUCCCCUCAAUCCCAAGGCCAACCGUGAAAAGAUGACCCAGAUCAUGUUCGAGACUUUCAACUCUCCAGCUAUGUAUGUGGCCAUCCAGGCAGUUCUGUCUCUGUACGCUUCUGGUCGUACGACAGGUAUUGUGUUGGACUCUGGUGACGGUGUCACUCACACUGUUCCCAUCUAUGAGGGCUACGCCCUUCCCCAUGCCAUAACGAGACUGGACCUUGCUGGUCGCGAUCUUACUGAUUACCUGAUGAAGAUCCUGACUGAGCGUGGUUACUCCUUCACCACCACCGCUGAGAGAGAAAUCGUCAGGGACGUCAAGGAGAAGCUGGCCUAUGUCGCCCUCGACUUCGAGCAGGAGAUGGCUACAGCUUCCACUUCUUCCUCCCUGGAGAAGAGCUACGAGCUUCCCGACGGUCAGGUCAUCACCAUUGGCAACGAGAGGUUCCGUUGUCCAGAGGCCCUCUUCCAGCCAUCCUUUUUGGGUAUGGAAUCAGCCGGUAUCCACGAAACAACAUACAACUCCAUUAUGAAGUGUGAUGUUGAUAUCCGUAAGGACUUGUAUGCCAACACUGUACUUUCGGGAGGUAGCACCAUGUACCCAGGAAUCGCUGACAGAAUGCAGAAGGAGAUCACAGCCCUUGCACCAGCAUCAAUGAAGAUCAAGGUCAUCGCUCCUCCAGAGAGAAAAUACUCCGUCUGGAUUGGUGGCUCCAUCCUUGCCUCUCUGUCAACCUUCCAGCAGAUGUGGAUCAGUAAGCAGGAGUACGAUGAGUCCGGCCCAUCCAUUGUACACAGAAAGUGUUUUUAGUGACUGAUAUUGCAUAGACAGUAACAUUAAAGAAUCACUAUUAAUCACCUAAAGGCCAAAAUGUAUAAUUGUCUUUCUCAUCCUCAGAAAUGUGUUGAGACUGAAAUUACAAAAUACAUAAUGGUUGCUUCAGUUAUCCUGAUAAUGGUU